GCAUGCAAUAAGCUGCAUUGGUAAUGAAAUCGAUUGUGCUCAAAAUACUAAAAAUAUAUUUCAAUCGUACAAUUCCAUUUUAUUAAAGUAGCAUACAUACAUUUUAGCAUUUAAUUCAUUAUUUAUUACAAUUUGUAUGUACAGAUAAAUGAUUAGUUAUUCAUAAAUAAUUGUAAACUAUGUACGACUUACCUUUAGAUAACAAGCGUUGUGCAUUUAAUGUUAUAUACCUACCAAGGUGGAUAUAUAUAUGUAUCCACCUUGAUACCUACUUCAGUGUAUACUAUAUUAUAACCUAAGAAUGUUUCCGGUCUAUGACAAAAAUCGUAUCUAUGGAACAUAAACAAUCAUUCAAUAAUAACAAACAUGUCGAUCUAAAAAAAAAAACAUCUUCGACGCGACAACCCUAGUUUUGUUAUACAGCGCUUAUAUCCAUUCAAUAUGAUUACUUACUUCAUUGCUGGCGUGCCCAAAUGCCAGGACUUCGGUCACGCCAAACUCAUCGCCGAGAAAUUAAGACACAAUCUUCCCAAUUUCUCGUUUAAAAUCAUAGUAAAAACUGAAGCAGAAUAUCGAGAUUGGAUGAACAAAUUUUGCAACAAACAAAAAUGGAAGAUCGAUACAAAUCCAUUAAUCUGGAAACAAAUACUUAACUCGAACGGUUCUUGCCAAUUGAUCGGUGGCAUAAACGAAUUUUUUGAACAUCUCAUAGAAUAUUACAACGUCGACACGCGUUUGGACAAAAAAAUUAAAAAACUAAUAGCGCUGGACAACGAAGAGAGAAUGCGGUUUAUGUUAACAAAGCAAGAUCCCGUGUCCCGAGCCCCGGCGAAAAAGGUGUGCAUAAGCGGCGCUACUUAUCCGUCUACCUGUUACCUGGUUUCUGAGCUGUUGCAGUUGAAACGACUCCAAGCUGAAGGCAGUGGUCGUGUAAAGGUGUGCCUACAUCAUAGUGACUCGAACAAAUACGGAGAUCUGUUAAGAAUUAAACAUGAAAUUUGCGACGCCGAAUUUAAUGUUCUCGGUUGCAGCGCGGUAACGGUGGUUCAUAGCGAAGAAGAAGGAUUGCUGAACUGCGAUUUGUUAAUCGUGAUCGGCAGCAUCAGAAGGGAAGAAAAUGAAGACGAAAAUCAGUGGAUGGACAGAAAUCACGCCAAAAUGAAGAGAUUGGCUCUAAUUCUCAACCUCUACUGUCCCGAGCACUGCAAGGUGCUGCUGAUGGGCAUGGACCUAUUGUGUUUCAACCUGAGCGUUUUGGCUGAGAACGCCGACAAAGUUUAUUUGUACAACAUUGUAGGUGUUACCGGUCAUCAUGGAAUGGUGAAGUUACCAACCAUCUCUAGGGUGACGGGAAUCCCGAUCUCGAACCUGCACUGCCCGCCGGUUUGGGGCUUCGACGGCUCUGCGGAAUACGUGGACUUCAAACACGUGCUCUAUCACAGUGGUAGAUCGGACUCAGACCACCACUGUUGCAAAGAUCCGGCCACGGCGGUGCAAGAUUAUUCGAAAGUUCGAAAUAAGCACAAAUACUUGCAGAGCGUACUACAGCAAUCGGAAAGUCUGAUGGGCAAUGACGGCGAGCACGUUGCAGUGAGCACUAACAUUGAAUCAAAUGCCAACAACGUAGAGCGUCAUCUGUGUAGUUUGCCCGAAAUACGUGUGGCCGUGCGAAUGAUAUCAGAAUGGUUCAAAAACGAUGGUCGUAUAACCCUCAGCGCUGCUGUUUUUUCAGACGGAACAUUUGGCCUACCAUUUGGAAUGUUUUUAUCUCAACCAGUUUGCAUGAAAAACGGUGAAUGGAAACCAAGUUUUGACUUCCCACCUCCAGAUGAAACGGUCAUAAGUGACAUGCUAUCCAAAGUAUCAGAUAUUACAUUCGAAUAUAAUCUUGGAAAUAGGUUUAAUAUGAACCCCAGAGAAAUGGCAGUAGAACUUAGUGAAUAACACGUGUAUAAAUUCAUUGAAAAUAUAACUUCAUUUUUUUACUAAAAUUGUAAUUGAUGAUUGUUUGUUAAAUACAAGA